AAAUCUUCAUAUGCAACAGACUACAGGAGAGGGUAUAUCCGCAGGAGCAGCAUAGAGUUGAAGUCGUAGCCAGCAACAGCAACAGAGCUGCGGAGAGGAUAAUGGAUUUGAUGUUCCCUCAAAAUCUAAAAGCCAACACCCUCUCUUCAAAAGCAUGCCCUUGGCCAUCAUCAUCGUCACGCUUCUUCUUUCCUUGUCCUCAGAGGAGCUUAAAAUGUUGGCCUACACGCAUCCUAACCCCAGCCUCCAAGCUUAAGCAAGUCAGAAUUCGUAGCGAGUUCGAAGGCAAAGUAAAUGGCGCUCACUCCGCCGAUUUCGACCCCCGCUUCCUCGACCGGCAAAAAGCACUGGAAGCAGCAAUGAACGAUAUCAAUAACUCAUUCGGAAAAGGAAGUGUUACGAGAUUAGGCAGUGCUGGUGGUGCUUUGGUUGAAACAUUUCCCAGUGGCUGUAUGACGUUAGACUUUGCCUUAGGUGGUGGCCUUCCCAAAGGAAGAAUUGUAGAGAUAUUUGGGCCAGAAAGUAGUGGAAAAACCACCUUGGCACUCCAUGCAAUUGCAGAAGUGCAGAAGCUGGGAGGCAAUGCAAUGCUUGUUGAUGCAGAGCAUGCUUUUGAUCCAGCAUAUUCUAAAGCAUUGGGAGUGGAUGUAGAAAAUUUGAUCGUUUGCCAACCUGAUCAUGGCGAGAUGGCACUUGAGAUUGCAGAUCGUAUGUGCAGAUCUGGUGCCAUAGAUCUUAUCUGUGUUGAUUCAGUCUCAGCUCUCACUCCACGGGCAGAGAUUGAAGGUGAGAUUGGGAUGCAGCAAAUGGGUUUGCAAGCACGCCUUAUGAGCCAAGCUCUGCGUAAGAUGUCAGGAAAUGCCUCGAAAGCUGGUUGUACUCUCAUUUUUUUGAAUCAAAUAAGAUAUAAGAUUGGUGUAUAUUAUGGGAACCCAGAAGUGACAAGUGGAGGAAUUGCAUUAAAGUUCUUUGCGUCUCUUCGGCUUGAGAUACGUUCUACUGGGAAGAUAAAGUCUGUUAAAGGAGAUGAAGACGUUGGGGUUCGAGUUCGUGUAAGAGUGCAAAAAAGCAAGGUGUCAAGGCCAUACAAGCAAGCUGAAUUUGAAAUUAUCUUCGGAGAGGGAGUGAGCAAAUUGGGUUGCAUUUUGGACUGUGGUGAGAUGAUGGAUAUUGUGGUAAAGAAGGGGUCUUGGUAUAGCUAUGGGGAUCACAGGUUGGGACAGGGAAGAGACAGAGCAUUGCAGUACUUGAAAGAGAACCCCAUUCUUCAUGAUGAAAUAGAAAAGAUUGUUCGGUCGAAAAUGGCAGAUGGAACUGGACUUGUAAGUUCUCCACUUUCGAGGAACUUGUCAUUGCCACAUGAAGAUGAAGAGACUUAUGAGGAGAUACAAUGAGGAUGUGCAAAUACAGCUAAUGAUUGAUGUUUCUCUACACCAGAGGAGGGAAGAGGUCAAAAGCUGAAUAAAUUGCUUCCUCCUUCUGUGCAUCGACUCUGAGGCCACUUAGGUUUAACGAGAUGACAUCAUUGCCCAGCCAUCCACUCAGCAGGGAUGAUGAAAACACAAAGUACUGUGGUUCUGGUGGAAGUUGAAAUUGGAAUCUCUAAUGGUAUAUUAUGGUGAAAGAAGAGAGAAAAUGGGGGGCUUUCGCGGAUGCCCGCCUUUUUUGUUUGGGGGAGGGGGGGUGGUCGUAGAUCAGGGAGUUUGGGGCGUUGUAUUUUGAAUAUUCAUUCCAACAGUUGAAGAUAACCUAAAUUAUUCCCAUUGCGUUUACUUGGGUGUUCAAAGUUAAUCA